AUGUACCUCCCAACCAUCCUUCCCUCCCUAGCGGCCCUCACCCUCGCCCAUCCAACAAGAACCACCACCAACAACAACCUCAUUCAUCGCGCCCCAAUCCCCGACAGCGCUUUCAUAACACCAAUAAGCGCCAAGUCAACCCCUAGUCCAACCCCCAGCCGUCGCCCCCACGGUCACGCAGUCGUAAACAACCACUGCAACUUCCCAAUCUACCUCUGGUCCGUCGGAACAACAGCCCGACAGGAGAGGACUCUUCUCCCAAACGACGUCUACAGCGAGUUGUUCCGCGAAGAGAAAAACACAGGCGGCAUAGCGAUCAAGAUCAGUACAGACGUCGACGGGCUGUAUACCAGUGCGCCGCAGAUGGUGUUUGCGUAUAACCUUUCGAAUCUCACACAGGGCAAGGUCUGGUAUGAUCUUAGUGAUGUUUUUGGAGAUCCAUUCGAGGGAUAUCCUGUUAGUCUUUCGCCUGCUGAGCCGAGGAUCUCUUGGCCGGAUGGUGUUCCUAGUGCUGGGAGUCAGGUUAGGGUUACUUCUGCUGAUACGGAUUUGGUACUGUCGCUUUGUUAG